AUGUUGUCGGUUCUUGGAGCUGAGGAGGGCGGCUUUCUGUACCCACACGUGUUUUUGAGGCAGCUUCCUCAGCACGUGCGGGCGGCUCUCGCUAACUCUGCCUGUCUGCUCGCUUUUGAUCUGCGCGGAAUCGCAGAAGAGACGGACCUGGUCCUGUUGUCUGUCAGAUGGUUCACGGUGCCGAGUGUGGCCGUGGAGCCUCGGCAGGUAACGUCAGAGGAGCCUGUGGCUGUUUCAGGCCUCAUGGAUUUCCUGUGUUCCUACCACAAGAAUUUGCAAAGAAACACUGCAGACUUUGUGGCUGAGGGUCCAGAGGCUGAGGGUCCAGAGGCUGAGGGUCCAGAGGCUGAGGGUCCAGAGGCUGAGGGUCCAGAGGCUGAGGGUCCGAGUCCUGCUCUGUGUGAAGGAGGAGCCAUGUCUGCGGAGGAUCUGUUCCACGGCAUCGUCAUGGCGGAGGAGAGGUUCCAAGGUGAAGGAUACAGAGAGGGUUAUGAGCGUGGGACCCGCAGGGGCCUCCAGGAGGGCCGCAGACACGGAGCUGUGCACGGGGCCCGGCUCUCCGCAGAGGUGUGGUUCUAUCAUGGCUUUAGCGUGUCGUGGAAGUGUCUCCUCCAGAACCACACGGACCCUAAAUCCAGGAAGCGUGUGAAAGCCCUGGAUUCCCUCCUGGUGCUGCUGAAUGACUUCUCUCUGGAGGAUCCUCAGUCUGAGCAGAUGAAGGAGCAGAUGGACAAACUCAGAGUGAAGUUUAGACAGGUCUGUUCCACAUUAAAUGUCUCCGCAGACUUCAGGGAUUUCUUCAGGACCACGGAGGGAACGUCUUUCUGA